AUGCCCCCUAAGAAGAGCUCCCAAAGCUCUGUGCAGCCAGUGCCAGAGAAGCGUGGUUAUGAGUUUGGCGGACCACUAGGUGCUUUCGGUAUCAUCUUCGGUCUCCCAGUUCUGAUUUACCUCUUUACCUUCGCCUGCAACGAUGUCACCGGCUGUCCUGCGCCAGGCUUGCUGAACCCCUCAACCUUGACCCUUGAGCAAUUGAAAGCCGAAGUGGGAUGGCCGGAGGAGGGCGUGUCGGCGCUUUAUGAUACCAAGGUCACCCUCUGGACCCUGAGCUACUAUGCUUUCAGCUUGUUCCUGCAGGUCUUCCUGCCCGGUCAAGAGGCUGAGGGCGUUGAGCUUGCCUGUGGUGGACGUUUGAAGUACAAAUUCAAUGCAUUCAACUCCGCCCUGAUCAUUCUCUCCGGCCUUGCUGGAGGCACCUACCUCUACGGAGCCGACUUUGUCGUCUGGACGUUCCUCUGGGACAACUACAUCCAGGUCAUCACCGCAAACUUGAUCAUCUCCUCCUCUAUUGCGCUCUUCGUCUACGCAAAGAGCUUCACGGUCCCGGCACCCGGGACGGCAAAUGUUGGUCUACGUGAGUUGGCCCCCGGUGGCCACACAGGCAACGUGCUCUACGAUUUCUUCAUCGGCCGUGAGCUUAACCCGCGUAUCCGCCUACCGAUUCCAUUUGUCAGCGAGGCAUCUCGCACUCUUGACAUCAAGGUGUUCAUGGAAAUGAGGCCUGGCUUGCUCGGAUGGACAAUCCUGAAUCUGUCCAACGUAGCUCACCAGUACCGCACCUACGGCUACAUCACCGACUCCAUCGUGUUGGUGACUAUUUUCCAGGCAUUCUACAUUCUGGACGCACUUUACAUGGAACCCGCAAUCAUGACCACCAUGGACGUCAUCAUGGAUGGGUUCGGCUUUAUGUUGUCGUUCGGUGACGUGGUCUGGGUGCCCCAUCUGUACAGCAUUCAGAGUCGUUACCUAUCCGUCUUCCCCUACGAGCUCGGCUUGACCGGCAUGGCUGUUGUUCUAGGUGUGACUGCUAUUGGAUACUCCAUUUUCCGUGGUGCCAACAACCAAAAGAACCGCUUCCGCACCAACCCAAAUGACCCUCGCGUCAAGAAUAUCAAAUACAUCGAGACCGCUGCCGGUUCCAAACUCAUGAUCUCUGGAUGGUGGGGCUUGGCCCGCCACAUCAACUACUUGGGUGACUGGACCAUGUCUUGGGCUUACUGCCUCCCCACCGGUGUUGCAGGUUAUGUUCUGAUUGAGAGCAUCAACCCUGCCAGUGGCGCAGUCCAAAAGCAGGCAGUGCAAACACCUGAGAUCCGUGGCUUUGGAAUGAUCUUCACUUACUUCUACAUGCUGUACUUCGGUGUUCUUCUGAUCCAUCGUGAGAUGCGUGACGAGGAGAAGUGCGAGAAGAAGUACGGUGCGGACUGGAAGCGUUACACUUCCAUUGUGCGCAGCCGCAUCAUUCCUGGAAUCUACUAG